GUUGGCAGUGGUCAACCCCAAAUGAUCACUAAGCUUCGUCAUGAGUGUUCAAAUGAAGAAAGAAGGAAGUACAACAUUGACAAUAUAGCCAAGGACAUUCUGUACAAGGCCAUUGAUGACAAGUACUUCACAAGGAUCAAGAAGUGCACCUCUGCUAAGGCUAUCUGGGACACACUUACCCUGAUAGGAGCUGGUGAUGAGCAGGAGAAAGAUAACAAGCUGACCAUUGCUAUGAAGAAGUUUGAGGACUUCAAGCUUCUACCCUAAGAAUGCAUUGCUGAAAUGUAUGCACGCCUGCUCACUCUCACUAUUGAAAUUUCAGAACUUGGGAAGGACUUGAGUCCCAAGGAGACCAACCUGAAGGUCCUCAGAGGUCUACCUUCACCCUGGAAGAUGAAGGUCACUGCCAUGAGAGACAGCAAAGAUCUCAGAACCUAUAGCACUGAGAAACUCAUCUCUGAUCUCAAGUCUUAUGAGUUCGAGAUGAGUGAAGAAGAGAAAGAAGAAGUUGAGGACAGAACAACUACUGCCCUCACAGCCAGCACCUCACAAGUAAAUAACUUUUACCCUUCCACACUUUUAACUGACGAAUAUAUGGCUGUUUUUGCCAGGAAGUUCAGGAAAUUUAUGAAGCCCAAGGAUGGCAGAAGUCCAUCCUCUAGCCGAAAGCCACACCAGAAGACCAAGUCUUCAGAAAGCAGUGGAGAGCUUCUCUGCUACAAUUGCAGACAACCUGGGCAAUUCAAAGCCAACUGUCCACACCCCAUAUUCUCCAAAAGGCAAGGCCAAGAAGGAGAAAAGAAGUAUGAACACAGAAGGAGGAAGGCACUCAUCACUGAGCAACCAGAGAAGGAUCCCCUCUCUGAGACAGAGUCUAGUUCAGAAUCAGAAUCAGAUGAGACAUUCUGUUGCCUGGAUACAGAGACUGAAGACCUAUGCCUUAUGGGUCAAUCUGAUGAUGAGGUAUCCUCUACCUCUGCUUCUAGUUUUGCUUCGGUAGGCAAAGCUUUUGAUUCAGAAUCAAUGUCUGAAUUUUGGGAAGAGUUUCAAGCCAUCCAAACCACUUAUUCCUCUGUCAAAGAAGAAAACAGUAAGCUGAAAGUUGAGAUCGUUGACUUAAGAAAGAAGGUUGAAACCAAAAUCAAUCUUCUCAAUAAGGAAAGAGAUCAGCUGGAAGCUGAAAAUGUUUCUCUUCUAAAGAGAGUAAGAAAAAUAGAGUCAAUUGAGAUCAAGUAUAACACCUACCAGAAGGCCCAGUAUUCAAUGGAAAGGUUACUACUUGGCCAACAAAUUGGCAUUGGUUUUGGUCUUAGUUAUGUCUCAACAGAAUGAGGUGAGCCUUCUGUAAUGCUUAGCACCAGAGGUGCUCAAGCAGACAAUGUCAUAGUGCCACUGAUUUCUAGCCCCAUCUGCCAAACUAGUGUAUCUGAUACCAAGGUGGUUCAUGAGGAAGUGAGACUAAAAAAACAAAAGAUAAAGGUUCAACCCAAACAAGUUUUGAAAAACAAUGAACCUGGUAGAAAACCUAACAACAGAAAAUGUUAGUCCCUGUUUCUGUAACAGCAAUGAAUAAUCGAUCUAACAAGGAAGAUUAAACGUAAAGAUGAACACAGAAUGAAUCACCGUAAAACAAAGAACUCCAUACAUCUCCCCAGGCAAAGACAUCCAUGAUGCACUGGAAGAGGCGGUGAUAUACGACAAAUGGCCGAGAAAAUGGACAGAAUGGGAUGAUCUCCGGGUUGAAGCCGAGCAAGAGGACAUGCAAAGAAACUGGUGGCUACGAGAGCUUAUUAACAAAUGCUCUGAAGAUAUCAUUAGGCUCGAGGACGAUGAACGCAAGGAAGGGGAGAACUACAAGGAAUCCCAGAAAGCUCUUGAAUCGGUCGUAAGACAAUCAGCGGGAAGACUUCCCAAGACAGAGAAACCCUGGGACAACGUUCGAAUCAAAGCCCCCUUCCAAGAAGAAAUCAGAGAGCAUAUCUGGCGUAGACCAGACAAAGUCAAGCCACUGAACGAACUGAAGCUAAGAGGCCUUACACACUUGAAAGGAAAACAGGCUGGAGGUCAUCUGCAUAUGUUGCUGCAAAGGUCAACCGGUACACAGAGAGAACUGAUGGAACAAGAUCUGAAGUCGAAUAUUCUCCCGAUUCAUCAAAUUCUACAAGUGAAAGCUGAAGACUAUCAUGGAGUAACAUUCUACACUUUCAGACUUCAACGCACCGAUGGGAGCGAAUUCACUUGUCAAGAGAACGACUUCAUCAUGCUGAAACCGGAUGACAUCUACCAAAUGCUCAUGGUCUACAGAUACCUUCCAGUCAGGCAAAACAUAGUAUACAACGAAGGCCUCGCAGCUAUCAAGAGAUUCAUGCUUAGACAGAUCCGAGUACACUCCUCACAUGACCUACAAAUGGCUAUUGAAUGCAAUCUAAAGAAGACAAAUCUGACAAAGCCAAAACAGUAUGACCAGAACUUGAAGACUUCCCAGCCUAUCACAUCUUCUUCAAACCGCCAGCAGUCACCUACCUGAACCACAAGAACGAAAAGCGUCUGAUGGUAGUCAGUGAAAUCGAGAAAUACUGCGACGGAACACUGAAGAUAAUCAGAGAGCAGAUUCUACAGAUGAAGGCAAAGCUGGAAGAAAAUCUUCAAAAGGCAUCGUCUUAUAUUCAAAAGGAACACUCUACUGUAGAGACAAUUUUAAAGGCCAUUGACGAUCGCCUCGAAAAGAGAAAUAUGCUAAGACAGUAUGAACAUGCAUUCGGAUUAAGGAAGCACUACUUCAAAUCACAGAAGCAAUAAGAGGAUGACGCUUGAUCACAAAGGGGGAGAUUGUUGAAGAUAUUUUAUUGUGAAUCAAGUUGGUCAUAGAUUAGCUUUAUAUUUAAUCCUUGUAUUUAAAUAGUGCAUAAAUUAGAUAGAAAUCAGGCCAAGUGUUAGGCCCAUUUAAACAGGCCAAAAGCCUGUUUCGCCUAACCUAAACCUCGCCUAUAUAAAGGGAGCCGAGGUUUAGGUAAAGGUUGAACGUCGUACUUAUUAUUCAUAGCCUUACGCUUAUAUCAUUCUGCUGUACGUUCCACGAUUUAUCAAAGAAGGUUUUACGGUGAUUCAUUCUGUGUUCAUCUUUACGUUUAAUCUUCCUUGUUAGAUCGAUUAUUCAUUGCUGUUACAGAAACAGGGACUAACAAUUGGUAUCAGAUCCGAUCGAGAACGAUCAGAAGAACUCCUGCAGAAUACUCUGUUUUUGUUAACGUAGUUCAUUCUGUCGAUUUUUUGCUCUGUAAUUUUGUUUCUUGUUCAAAAGUUGUAAAAGUUACACCUUUGGAAUCGCCGUUUCAAAGCGAUCAAAGGGUAUACUUCAGUUUGUGUUUUACGCAAUUUUUGAUUUCGAGAUAUCUCGAGCUAGGCAUCUCGACAUCCUACUUCUUCACAGGUUCUGCUACGUUUUUUCGAGCUGAAAACUUUACCAGAAGAUCUCGACAUUCAACUCUACAGGAAACUAUCUUCAGAUUUUGAUUAUCUGAUUUUUACAGGUUGAAAGAUUUCGACAUUGAGGAUUUCGACAUCUAGGAUUUCGAAAUCUUGAUUUCGAGAAAAGGUUUCGACAUCUGGUCUCGACAUUUGACUCAUCAGAUUAAGAUUUCGAGAGAUUAACUUCUCGACAUUUCAAAUCUCGAGAUCAGCAUCUCGAAAUUUGAAAUCUCGAGAUCCCAAAUCUCGAGAUCCUUAAUCUCGAGCCCAAAUCUCGAUACCGGGCCUCCAUUAUCGAAAUCUGAGAUUUCGAUUUUCAGAUCUCGACAUCUGAUUUUUCGAGAUUCUGCCUCUGAAAAUCUUUUGAUCAAUUUUCUCGAACGGUCAGUUUAGAACAACAAUGGGUUCAGAAUACAAUGCACAAGGGAACAGCAGUACCCCUCCUAGCCUCAGGAAGGGAGAAUACCAAAUGUGGAGGAACAGAUUUUUAAACUUCCUCGAGCACAAAGAGAACUCUUCUGCAAUGCUCGAAUCUUUACUUGAAGGACCAGCUGAACUUUUAAUUUCAGUUGGUGGAGAUCCGGAGAACAAUCCUCCUAUUUUUCCAGAAAUAAGGAGAAAAGUGCCAUCUGAAUACACAGAAGCCGACAAGCUCAGACUUCGUGGUGAUCUUAUGGCCAAAACGUAUCUCCUUCAAGCAAUACCGAACGAGGUUUAUGUUCUCAUAGAUAGCAUGCAGACAGCUAAGGAGAUGUGGGAUGAAAUAGAGAAGCUGCUACAAGGCACAAGCAUCAGCCUCAAAACAAAGAAGACUACAAUUCUCAUCGCUUAUGACUCCUUCAAAGCAGGACCAGGAGAACCAUUGAAUGAGACUUACAAUAGACUUGUUCAACUGGUAAAUGAACUCAGAAAGAUCAAAGUAUUCAGGUCCAAUCUGGAACUAAAUAUUAGAUUCUUAUCCAGCCUGCAUCCUGCUUGGGAAUAGACAGUGAAGGAUGUCAGAUCACGGAUAGAUCUGGACGAAAUUGACCUCUGCACACUCUAUGAACAUCUGAAGCAAUUCGUCAACGAGGUUGCAUGCGCUGAGGAUCAUCACACCACAAACCCCUUAGCUCUUGUAAUGGAUGCUCAGCCUAGAAGGACAACCACUUCACUAAAGAAGAAAAAGAAGAAGGUGGUGGUUGAAUCAGAUGAUGAUGAGAGUGACGAUGACAAAUCUGAUCUAGAGGCUGAGCUAGCAGACUUACAGAAGAAGAUGGCAAUGCUGGCCAAAAGAUUUGCAAAGAAGAACACUUCCUCCAACAGACUCAGAACUUCCUCCUCAAACUACAAGCAGAAGAACCAUGAUCAAGGAUCUUCUAGGAAGGCAUCAUCGGCAGAAGAAGCUCCUAAAUGCUAUAAUUGCGGCAAGCCUGGACAUGUGAUCAAAGACUGCCGCCUCCCAAAGAAGAAAGAUGCUAACUUCUACAAGCAGAAGAUGCUGUGGAAUAAGCAGAAAAUGCUGAUGGUACAGAAAGAAGAAGAAACCUCUGCCAUGAUUGCUGAAAAUGAGAACUGGGCAGAAGAUUCUUCUGAGGAGGAGGAAGAGGAAGACAACUAUGCUCUUAUGGCACGAGUGGAGGGAGAUGAAAUAAAGGGUGAUGCUGCGAUCCCCGAAGGCAACUGCUCAACAAGCUCUGGAAUGAAGUGAAUAAGGAAGGAGAAGAGAAGAAUGAGUGGAGGAAAAAGAGGAAGGAAAUCGCAGAAGGCAAAAAGAAAGUUUUUGAGAAAAGUGCCAGCCCUAGAUCUAGUUCAAUUUUUUACUCAAAAGUUAAUUGUAAUUUUGUCUCUACAAAGCAAACUUCUAGUAGUUCAGUCUUGAGUCCCAAGCUGAAUAUUUCUGAGACAUCUUCUAGACAAAGUUCUAUUUUUAAUACAAGUGUUGCUUAU